UCCUCCUGAGAAACACACAGAGGAGGAGGGAAGCUAGAAGGGGGUAACAUCAGAAAGUGCGACAGAGGAAAACAAGGUAGAAAAGCGAGAGCAAGAGGGAGAUGCUCUAAGGAUAGUGAUUCUAACUCUCUAUUACUGAGGUUAACAAACAAGAAACAGUGCUAUCAGAAUGCUGAUGUUGGAUGGAAUGCCAUCCCUGCCAGUCAAAAUUGAGCCUACAGAGUCACAGAGGCGGUCUCCUAUGAUCAAUGACUAUACAGAGAUGGGCGUGCUGGUGUUGAAUCGCAGAUUUCAGACACAGUCAAAUGAUAGACGAUUCCUGUCCGACCCCUUCCAGAUGCAAACAGAGCCUGUGGACUUGUCCACCAACAAAGCAAGAACUUCGCCAUCACUUUCGGCAUCAUCAUCUUUAUCCUCGUCAUCAUCUGUAUCCUCAUCAUCAAUACGAUUUUGUCCACGGUCCCCUCCCUCCAGCAAUUCUCUAUCAUCUUCAUCAUCAUCAUCAUUAACUUUGCCUUCAUAUACCUCAGCUUCUGUCAUAACCCCUGUUCCACGUUUAAAGAUGUCUCCAUCCAGCUCUGGCCCAGUGGUGGCAUCUCCCCCAUCCAGGAGUCUCAGGGGGCAGUCAUUUUUGCACAUACCACAGCUGAUGCCUCCUUGCUCCAGUCCCAUCCACCUCCACCCUCGUAGAGUACCAGUGGUGGUGCAACCCAUGCCUUUGGUCUACACUGGGGUGGGAUCGCUGGGAAACAGCAGACUUAUGAUGCCUCUUCUGGAGGAGAACAGGAUGCACAGGAAAGUCACACAUCGAAUCACAGAUAGACUGUCGCCACAGCGAUCUUUGAGUGACAGCGAGGAUGAUGACCUGCCCAACGUGACCUUGGAGAGUGUGAAUGAAACAGGCUCGACUGCUCUGACCAUCGCACGUGCUGUGCAAGACUCCUUCUUGCCGUUUAGUAUUGAGAGUCUGCGCAGGCCCAGACCCUCAGAGUCACCUGAUUCAAAGAGGAGACGCAUCCACAGGUGUGAGUUUGAUGGCUGCAACAAGGUAUACACAAAGAGCUCCCAUCUUAAAGCUCACAGACGCACACACACAGGGGAAAAGCCCUACAAAUGUACUUGGGAUAACUGCACAUGGAAGUUUGCUCGCUCUGACGAGCUGACACGUCAUUACCGCAAACACACCGGCGUCAAACCGUUUAAAUGCAGCGACUGCGACCGAAGCUUCUCUCGCUCGGACCACCUCGCCCUCCACCGCCGUAGACAUGCACCGCAGACAUGCAUAGUGUGAGAAAGACAUUCAAAACAGUCAGAUCGAUGGACAAAUAAGCAGACGUUUUGUCUGAGAUAGAGCGGGUCUCUAUCUGUCAGUGUUACAUGCAGAAGGAGGUUUGGAUAUAUUCCCUGCACAACAAUAUUAAGAUGGAAAAAAAAUAAGAUUAUAGGAAAUUGAACAGGGAGGAAAGAAGGGAGGUGAGGGAGAGAAAAGUUGGGUAUUGAUAUGAUAUGUAUGUAUUAUGAUUAUUUAUCUGCAUUUAUCAUUCCCUCAUCGAGUUAAUCUUCUGCACUUUUAUGUGAUGUUUAUUCCCAUCAUAAUAACGGAGCAAGCCUCAAUCAAUCUGACAUUUCACAUUGGUCCUGGCCGUAAGUGUCAGAGCUGGAAUCUUGUAUCAAAAGCCACGUGCCAUGUGAAUAUUUGAUCCUCAAAACCUUCAGUCUACCUUCAGUUCAGGUCUACUGAGAGAUCUCAUGGAGAUCGUUGUGGAAUCGCAGUUUUUGAUUUAACAGCAGUCUGUAACAUUUUUGGAAUUCAUUUCUAGAAACAUAGUCAGAAAGCAGCAUUUCGUAAAUCAACGUCACUUUGAAAAGAAUAAAAUGUAAUGUACAAUUUUCAGGGUAAUAAUUGCAUAUCUGCCAACUGCUAAACCUCAAAGUGUAGAACAAAGUACAUUUUUGCUUCAGUAUAUACAGUAGACUCGCACAAAAUGAGACAAAUAAGGUAAACAAACAAAACACAUGGCAUUAUCACAAACAUGUAUUUAUUACAGUUCACAUUUUAGCAUCAAACUCUGUAUGAGCUCCAAGUUCAAUUAUCACUUUAUUCUGAAACCUGAAGGAGUAGUUUCAUCAUAACUGAAUGUGAGGAGGAGGCCAUAUCAAUAAUGUAUUGUUUUGUCCUCUCAUAUGAGAGAGGUAGAGAAGUACUCUCACACCCUUUUAAACUUUCCUUGCAUCAUUUGUGCACAAAACUAGCGUAGCAGAUAUCUGUAUAUUUUAUAGACUUUACCUUGUGGUAUAUCAGUUUUGUUUGUUUGUAUUGAUUGUCAUAUAUUUGUUCUGUACUCCGAGAUUUGCACCCUUCUGUCCAUAAAUAUGUGAUGCCAAAAUGUAUAGUAUUUUACAAGGAACCCAGUGACUAAUAAUCAUGAGUGUAAAUGAUCGUCAAAUGGGCAUUCCUUUAUUUUCUCUUCUACAAUGAUGUAUCUGUAAAUAAUUUAUGGUAAACAUUUCAUUUUUAUAUGAAUUUAACUGUGAAUUUAUACAUAAAAACAGUAUAUGUUAGUUUAAAGCAUGAAUAAAAGCACCAGUUUGUA